ACCUAUAUUCUCUCUUAUGUUAUGUUUCAUUUCAUUCACAUAAUAACAUUAUUCCAAAACUAGUAGACACUUAACACUUGUUUGUGUGACAAGAAUGGCUUGUAACACAUUGAUGAGUUCUGCUAUCUCAGCAUUUCCAUCACUUCUUUCUUCCUCAAAAUCAAGAUUUUCAACUUCACUUCCACUUCCUUGUACUGCUUCUACAAAUGCUUCUUCUAGAUUCACCAUGACUUCUGAUUGGAUGCCUGGCCAGCCUAGACCAUCUUACCUUGAUGGUUCAGCUCCAGGUGACUUUGGGUUUGAUCCUCUACGUCUUGGUGAAGUACCUGAGAAUCUUGAGAGAUUCAAAGAGUCUGAACUCAUUCACUGCAGAUGGGCCAUGCUUGCUGUUCCAGGGAUUUUGGUACCAGAGGCAUUGGGAUUAGGCAACUGGGUGAAAGCACAAGAAUGGGCUGCACUUCCUGGAGGACAAGCAACCUACCUAGGCAACCCUGUUCCAUGGGGCACCCUACCCACCAUUUUGGUCAUUGAGUUCCUUUCUAUUGCUUUUGUUGAGCACCAAAGGAGUAUGGAGAAAGACCCUGAAAAGAAGAAAUACCCUGGUGGUGCUUUUGAUCCUUUGGGAUACUCUAAAGACCCUAAAAAGUUCCAUGAAUACAAAAUCAAAGAAGUUAAGAAUGGACGUCUUGCUUUGUUGGCAUUUGUUGGAAUCGUUGUUCAACAAACAGCAUAUCCAGGAACUGGACCUUUGGAGAAUUUGGCUACUCACUUGGCUGAUCCAUGGCACAACAACAUUGGAAAUGUCCUUAUUCCACCACAAUAGAUAUCUCCCUCAAAUCAAUCUUUGUUAUAUUAGCAGCUACUUGUAAAACUCCACCAAAUACAUUAUUUUGUCAUGAAUCAGAUCUCUCUAUGGUGUUGUUUUCCUGUCUUUGUAAUUAAAUUUUCAAAUAUUAAGAUACCUCUUGGCAUCAAAGGAGUUAAGAUA